AUUCACUGCGCGGAGGUGCCCGAUCACCACAGUUCGGCCCAGACAGCGCCAUCGGCGCCUGCACGCGCAGCCCACACCUGAAUUCCAGCCGCGUUUAGUGUGGCACAACCGGGUCUGCAUAAAUAUACUCUCAACUGCUGCAUUAACUUGCUCGUGGAGCUAGAAGCCCCGAGAAUCGGCAUCAUGGCUCCUCGCCGCGUUGCAUGCGCGGCCCUGGCCAUUGUGGCGCUCGCGGGCGUCGCGCAGGCCGCAAUCCACUUUCCCAACGUUCCGUUUCCGUUCUCUGACAAGGAGAAGCACAGCGUUCUGACCAUCAAGCACGCCAUCGUGGGCGAGGGCCACCUCCUGUCGACCAACGCGGCCGGCCUGGAGAACAAGAUGCAGGGCGGCUUCCAGCUGCUGUCCCGCACCGCCAUGCCGGGAACCCCCGGCGACGUGUGCGACGUGAACGGCAAGCCCGUCAUGAAGUUCGGCCCCAACAACACUCGCGGCAGCACGCCCGACUCGUCCGUCAACCCGGACGCCCAGACGCUCAUCCCGCGCAAGGGCGACCCCAACCGUGCCGACCUGUUCGUGCACUUUGAGAGCCCCAACCCCGCGGCCGUGUACCACCUGGAGCUGGCCAUCGCGGGCGACGGAUCGCUGAGCAUCAUCAAGUACGCCCCCGUGGACUUCUCGGCCUGGGGUGGCGUGUGGACCCCCUGCGCCGGCUCGCUGUCCCCCUGGGGCACCCACCUGGGCUCUGAGGAGUACGAGCCCGACGCACGUGCCUUCUUCGCCAGCAACUCGCCCGCCAGCCGUGUGCGCGAGUUCGCCCGCUACUGGGGCCUGUACCCGGGCGACUUCAACAGCAGUGCCGCCUACAUGACCGCCCUGCGCCAGACCAUGAACCCCUACAUGUACGGCUUCGUGACUGAGGUGGGCUACGACACUGCCAAGAAGGCGCCGUUCGCCAAGAAGUGGUACACUCUGGGCCGUGUGGCGGUGGAGAUGGCGCUGGUCAUGCCCGACCAGAAGACCGUCUACAUCACCGAUGACGGUGCCAACGUGGGCUUCUUCAUGUUCAAGGCCGAUACGGCCGCCGACCUGAGCAAGGGUAAGCUGUACGCCGCCAAGUUCAACCAGACCUCGGACAACAACGGCGGCGUCUUCGACCUCACCUGGGUGGACCUGGGCCACGUCGACCAGGACGCCAUCGCCGCCGUGGUGCGUAACGUGACCUUCGCCGACAUCUUCGACACCGCCGCGCCCGCCGCCGGCGCCUGCCCCGCCGGCUACCGCGCCGUGAAGCACUCGUACGGCGAGGAGUGCCUGGCGCUCAAGGCCGGCAAGGAGAUGUGGGCCGCCGCCCUGGAGACCCGCCGCUACGCUGCCUACCUGGGCGCCACCACCGAGUGGACCAAGUGGGAGGGCAUCACCUACGACACCAAGCGCCGGAAGCUGUACACCGCCAUGACCGAGAUGCUGCAGGGCACCCAGCCGGAGCCCACCCGCUUCGGUGGUCUGGACCACCUGCGCAUCCCCUCCAACCCCUGCGGCUGCGUGUACACCCUGGAUGUGGACGCCUCCUACACCGCCACCCACAUGUACGCCCUCACCUGCGGCUCCGCCACCGAGGGCCUGGUGGCGGGCGUCCUCUACAACAACACCUGCCACAUUGACCGCAUCUCCAACCCCGACAACGUAAUGUACGUGGGCAGCGGCGUGGACGUGCUGUUCAUUGCCGAGGACAGCAGCGGCCACGAGACCAACGUCAUGUGGCAGUACGACCUGCGCUCCGGUGACAUGCACCGCGUGCUGUCCGCCCCCGUGGGCGCCGAGGUGACCGGCACCGCCUGGUUCACCCUGCCCAACGGCGACUCCUACCUGUUCAGCAACAUGCAGCACCCCUACGACGGCUUCCCGGCGGCUGUCAUCAACGCGCCGGAGGCCACUGGUCUGGGCGGCUACAUUGGCUACUUCGGCCCCUUCAAGCUGGGCCGCAGCGACGCCCUGGGCCUGCAGGCCAUUCCCACCCCCUCCGACGCCGCCUCCAAGCACGCCGUGACCGCCUCCAAGCAGGCCGUGCAAGGCACCUGGGUGCCCUCCACCUACCACGUGGUCGGCCGCUCCGGUCAGGAGGCCCAGCCGGGUGUGGUGCUGGGCCGCAACCUGGACGCCUCCGGCCACCCCGUGGCCAGCUAUGACUCCCAGCUGCGCGUCAACACCAGCAACGAGCAGAUCUCCAACAACCCCGACUUCAGCUCCAUCACCAGUGUGUGCGACAAGACCUUCUUCACCACCCAGUUCGAGUUCGACAACCCGGCCUCCAUGUACGUUCAGGAGGUGACCCAGGACGAGGACGGUGUGCUGGUGGCCGUGCAGCGCGAGGAGGAGGACGACGAGGCCGUGGCCGCCCCCGUGGACUGGUCCAGCUGGGGAGGCCUGCUCACCCCCUGCGCCGGCUCGCUGUCCCCCUGGGCCACCCGCAUGGGCUCUGAGGAGUACGAGCCCGACGCACGUGCCUUCGCCGAGGCCACCACUGUGGAGAACAUCGGCGCCGGCGCCACCCCCGCCACCUUCACCUACGACGGCUCCAACGCGCUCAAGAUGGGCCGCCUGUACGGCCUGUACUACGGCAACGGCACCGUGGCCCAGUUCAAGGAGCUGGUCAAGCCCUACCUGUACGGCUACGUGACCGAGACCAAGAUCCAGUACGACACCAGCUCCGUGCCGCAGAAGCACUACCUGCUGGGCCGCGUGGCCAUUGAGCUGGCGCUGGUCAUGCCCGACAAGCGCACCGUCUACAUCACCGAUGACGGCGCCAACGUGGGCUUCUACAAGUUUGUUGCCGACGCCCCCGGCGACCUCAGCAGCGGCUCCCUGUACGCCCUCAAGGUGACCCAGGUGGACGCUGUCAACGGCGGUCAGUUCCGCGUUGACUGGAUCUGGCUGGCCCACGGCAACCAGGACAAGCUCAUGACGGCCGCCUCUGACCUGACCUUCUCCGACAUCUUCGAGACCGCCGCGCCCCUGUCCCGCUCCGCCCCCGCCACCGCCGGCGCCUGCCCCGCCGGCUUCAAGGCCACCAACGGCGGCGGCCGCGGCUGCGAGUGCCUCAAGGUCAAGGCCGGCAUGGAGAUGUACGCCGCGUUCUUCGAGACCCGCCGCUACGCGGGUAUCCUGGGCGGCACCACCGAGUUCAGCAAGUGGGAGGGCAUCACCUACGACCCCCACCGCAACAAGCUCUACACCUCCAUCUCCGACGUGCGCGAGGGCAUGGAGGACUUUGGCAACCGCGGCGCCAACAGCUCGGCCUGGGACGGCUGCACCACCAACGAUGUGCGCCUGCCGUACAACCGCUGCGGCUGCGUGUACGCCCUGGACCUGGACGGCACCUUCAACGCCUACCACAUGUCUGGUCUGGUCUGCGGCACCCCCACCUCGUCUGGUCUGGGCUUCGUCCCGGGCAACCGCUGCCACAUGGACCGCAUCGCCUCCCCCGACAACGUGGCGUACAUGCCCGAGCACGACACCCUGAUCAUCGGUGAGGACACCUCCGAGCACCAGAACGACGUGAUCUGGAGCUACGACCUGAACACCAAGGCCCUCACCCGCAUCUUCACCACCCCCUACGGCUCCGAGACCACCUCCCCCUACUGGUACGGCGACGUGAACGGCCACGCCUACCUCACCGCUACCGUGCAGCACCCCUACGGCGAGUCGGACUCCAACAAGGCCAACGAGACCGACAGCUUCGGCCUGCAGGGCACCUGGGGUGUGAUGGGCCCCUUCCCCGUGUUCGGCACCGGCGCCACCAACGGCGGCGCCACCACCUCGGUCGCCUCCGUGCAGUACCUGGGCCGCCGCGGCCUGGGCGCCGCCGCCGCCUCCGCUGACUACGACGACAUGACCCCGGCUGAGGCGUGCGCGUCCGAGGACUCGUACGUGGUGCAGCUGCAGCUCUCCUACGAGCGCUCGCCUGUGGGCCGCGCUGUGGAUGUGGAGCGCCUGGACGCCUACGUGUGCGCGCGUGUGGACAACGUGCUGGCGCAGCUCAGCGGCGGCAUCGCGGCCUCGGACGCCACUCGUGUCUCCACCACCUGCGUCUACCCCCGCGCCGGCCUGCCCACCCUCGAGUCCCCCACCCCCGCCCCCACCCCGGCCCCUACCCCCGCUCCCACCCCGGCUCCUACCCCCACCCCCGCCCCCACCCCGGCUCCUACCCCCGCCCCCGCCUACGGCCCCGCCCCCGCCGCCACCCCCGCCGCCACCCCCGCCGCCACCCCCGCCGCCACCCCCGCCGCCACCCCCGCCGCCACCCCCGCCGCCACCCCCGCCGCCACCCCCGCCCGCCGCCGCGCCCGCCACCUGCUGGCCGCCGCCAGCUGGGCUGUGCCCGAGGGCAACGAGCUGGGCUCCAUGGAGAUGCCGGCCGUGGUCGCGCACGUGCAGUUCGCCGACCGCGCCGCCGCCAAGGCCUUCUACACCGCCGUGAUGGACGCCCAGGGCGCCUUCCAGACCACCAUCACCCAGCUUAUGAACGCCCUGUCCGAGCCCCACGCCAACAACCGCCCCGCCGCCGCCGCCUUCACCAGCUUCCUGGUCGAGGCCAACACGCCCAUGCACAUGGCGCGCACCGACGCCUACGUGCCCCCGGCCGGCAAGAUCUUCCACUAAACUACACCUCCGAUUUGGCUUCUUUGCCAGUCGUGAGCAGUGGUGAUCGUUUGUGAUCAAACACGAUGUGACUGGAGGUGACAAUAGCAAUGAACGUGUGCACUCUAGGGGUUGGACGCCGUGGCAGCCCUCAACUGCGUCGAGUCCAUCCUCUGGGCCACUCGUAACGAAUUCCUUUCUCAUCGAAACUUCUUUCAGACAAUGUCAUCCGUGCAUAGACCGCAAGUGCCGUGGAAGGCAGGAUAUGGAUUUGUGCAAAUGCGUGUGUCCAUUCGGGCAGUGCUAUGUGCGUGUUGCAUGUUGGUAAGCGUGUUCUAGUCUCGGGUCUUCAUAAGCCGGACCGUGGUGUCCCGCGGUUUGGUACAUUUGUUUUCGGGUGGGCUAUCUCUGCGCAAGUCGCCUUUUCGGACGGUGUAGGAGUGCACGCACACACACACGCACACAGCACACAGGUACGCGUGUGCCUGUGUGAGCACACAUGAACCGUACAUACAAGUGACAGGUGCACGAAUAGCUCUUGCCGCGGAUGGAUUGCGGCUCGUGUGUUUUGCCUUCCUAGAUCGGGUGAGUGCGUGGGUAGAUAGACAGGGGCGUGACUUGGAUUGGCCGUGAUCACCUGGGGGAAUGCCAGCACGCAUGCCUUCCAUUGGCACGCAGGCACCCCGCGCGGGCCUUGCCAUCCACGCACACGUGGCAGCAGGGUGCAAUGUAAGGACCGCCCAUGUAUGCACGCGCGGCAAUCACCAGCGCAAUUCACAGCGCUCCUAUCCUAUUUUCCAGCAGGGCCAGGCCCUGCCAGGCUGCGGCCGGGGCGGGACGGGCCUGAAUCGUCCACCCUCUCAAAUAGCGCCACAAGGGUGGUGCCGUACUGGUGGUAGUGCUGGUCCUUUGCUGGGCGAAGGGCAUCGCGGGCAUGGGCGGAGGGCGCGCGGGGGAGACUGCGGAGGGAAGUGGGUUAUUGCCAAGCGUCCGUAUCGUCCGCCUGACUGCGGCCAAUCUCGGACACAAGCAGGUGCCGAGAUGACUGGUCGCUGGAAAGUACAUGGUGCAUCACGGCGGCUUUGGUGUCUGCUUGCCGGCAGCAAGCACGUGUGACCUGCAAGGUACAACGCGGGUCACGAUCGUUGCU